AUGCAGGAUUCCUUAGUUAACCCCGUUUUACCAAAUCUUAACUAUGAUAACAUAGCUGCACUACAACAAAAACGAACACUUGCUUUUGUAAAUCAUUUCCUUAUAACAACUGUACAGUUUUUAAAUAAUUUUGCAAAACAAUGUGAAGAAAAAUUGAUGCACUUUGAAAACAAAUUGGAGAAAAUUAAUGCUACAAUGAUAUUAUUGGAAACCAGGUUGUCAUCUAUACCUGAAAUUAGUACUGAACAAGUGAAAAUUAUAGACGAGGGAAUAAAAACACAAAAUACUGUACCGCACUCUGAAACACCCAUUACUGAACCACACUCUGGAACACCCAUUACUGUUGAAGAAGUAGCAAACUCUCCUUCUCAAUUAAAACCAGAAUAUAUGAGAUUUAUAAAAAUGGUACAAGUUGGAGUUCCUCUACAAGCUGUCAAAUUGAAGUUAUCUUUAGAGGGUUUAGAUCCAAAUGAAUUAGAUAUGAUGUUAAAAUAUUAA